AUGAGCGAAUUGCCGAAAAUCAGUAAGGAGGACACCUUCGUCCUGAAAUUUCUGAAGGACACGGGAUGCAUGGAGACGUACCGACUUUUCAAGAAAAGAGUGAUGAAAAAAUUCCUCCUCAAAUAUAUGGUCGCAACAGGACGGAAAGAAACGUGGAUGGAAUUGAUGGAACAUUCGUCGGACGAAGAAAUGAAUGAAGAAGAAGAAAUGCGAAGAGCGGACGAAGCGAGAGCAAAAAGAUCGAAGGUGCCGGAGAAUCUGAGUUGGCGUGAUAUCGAGUCGACGUUGGCCUGCCCAUCCUGCGGUGCCCGAAUCUCGAAGGACUUGGAGGAAAUGAACGCGCAUCUCGCCGCUUGUGAUUACUUUCCGCCAUCGAAAACGAUCGCGAACAAAGUCAACUUUCUUUGUUAUUUCUGCUGGCUGCCCUUCACCGUCACCAAUUUCUUCAAAGCGAUCCUCCUCGGCCCCGGCUACGCGCCGAAGGGCUGGGAGCCAAAAGUUCUCGGAGACGAGCAGUUCCUACAGUUUUGCCAAGUGUGUCAAGGAUUCAAGCCGCCGCGCGCCCAUCACUGCCGAAAAUGCCAGCGCUGCUUCUUGAAAAUGGACCAUCAUUGCAUCUGGCUCAGCCAGUGUGUUGGUUAUCGCAACCAAGCGUCGUUCAUGUACUUCUUGUUCGGAGCCGUUUUCGGAGCUCUUCACGGAACAUUCCAUAUCAUCUUCUUUUCUAAUCAACAACUCUGGGUUAGACUCACUCUUCAGCCGAAUCUCGUCCUGGGGGUUUUGAUUUCUUCCGGAUUCGGAAUUGGAACAGUAAUUGCCGUUGGUGUGUUACUGUACUCGCAACUGCAGAUUGUUUUCACAAACAUGACUGGCAUCGAAUCUUGGAUCGUCGAAAAAUCCAACUGGAGACUGAACGAAGACAAAAAAGAUGAAGAAAAAAUACAGUUCAAUUAUCCAUACGACUUGGGAAGAAGCGUAAACUUCUUGCAAGUUUUCGGGAAGGACGAAAAAGUUGAUGGAUUUUAUUUCCCGGUGAAAGAGGGGUGCAAUAUUUACAGUCUGACAAUCGAGCAGCUUUUGCAGAAGAAGAUCAAGGAAGUGAGAAGCGUUCCCUUCAAGUGCAUCAAGUCCUACAGGUACUUUUACUUACGCUUCUCAUCUUGUAAAAUCAUUAUUGGUCGAAAAUGCCCGUUUCUUUCCUUUCCAAAGAUCGCGAUCUUCACUCCCAUCCUCUCCGAUCUUCUGCCAAUCGAAGAAGAAGACGACAUCAUCAUCACUCGCGGUAAAGAGCACUGGUACUACGGAUACAAAGCUGGAAACAUGGAAAAACGAGGAUUCAUGCCAAAAACUUCGCUUCAACCUGUCAAAGAGCCAAAAAAAGGAUCUCUUGUUAAUUCAUUUUCCACACAUUUUUUUCUUCACUGUUUAUUAAAAUAA